GCCCCGGUCACCUUGCGGUACUCCGUGUUCAGCUCCGCCUCGUCUCUAUCGCUCACAUAUAAUGGCCCCUUCUCGAGGUCCCCAAUCUCUCGCUCGUAACCUCCACACAACGCUCGACGGUCAUCGGGGACCUGUUCACGUUGUACGAUAUGCCAAAGGAACCUCAAAAUACGUCCUCAGUGGAGGACAGGACCGCACCGUUCGGCUAUGGAACCCACAGCUGGGUACACAAAUCAAAGUUUUCCAAGCGCACGGAUACGAAGUUCUCUCGAUAACUGUGAGCCAUGACAAUGCUAAAUUUGCAUCUUCUGGCGGAGACCGCUCAGUAUUUUUAUGGGACGUCGCGUCAGGGGUAACGACGAGGAGACUUUCUGGUCAUAUGGGCAAAGUACACGUCGUCGAGUUCAAUGCAGACGCGUCUGUCCUUGCUAGCGGUUCAUUUGAUGCUACAGUAAGACUAUGGGACCUUCGCGCUCAACCACGAGCUCCCAUUCAAGUCCUCGAAGAAGCUCGAGAUGCUGUACAAACCAUUCAUAUCGACUCCACUACUAUAAUAGCAGGAUCCAUCGAUGGCCACGUCCGUACUUAUGACCUCCGCAAAGGCGAGCUUCGGUCUGAUUACAUUGGUCAGCCUGUCACGUCGGUAGUGCCAACGGCUGAUGGGACUACAUUACUUGUCACGACGUUAGAUUCGCACAUUCGACUAUUCGACAUGCUCACUGGUAAACUGUUAAAUGACUUUACUGGCCACAAACACGCCUCAUAUCGCUGCCGUGCGUGUUUCGGACACGGUGAAGCAAGUGUUGUGUGUGGAGACGAGGAUGGGCGUAUAUGGGCAUGGGAUUUGGUUGAUGCAGGAAUCCUCCAGCCGAAUCCUCCGCCAAAGGUACACGAAAAGGUUAUAACAUGGACAGAACAUCACCCCACUGACCCCAGUGAAAUGAUUACCGCCAGUGCUGAUGGCACAGUCAAGGUAUGGCGACAUCCUAACUUAAACCCUGAUUAGUAUCAUGCAUUCGUCAUCGUGUCUUCUGCCUCUUGAUAAUCCCUUCAAAAAUUAUUACACCAUGGUGGUCAUUUUCAUGUAGAAAUGUGGUUAUGCAUUUUCUUUUGACUUUCUGGCCCACG